UAAUUUUUCAACAAUAUAUAUAAACAGCAACGUCGCUACCCGCUAGGGUUUCUUGGUAAAAAGAGCAGAUAGCAGAGCAGCAGCCAUGGUUCUCAAGACUGAGCUUUGUCGGUUUAGUGGUGCCAAGAUAUACCCAGGGAAAGGCAUCAGAUUUGUUCGUUCUGAUUCUCAGGUCUUCCUCUUUUCAAAUUCGAAAUGCAAGAGGUACUUCCAUAACCGUUUGAAGCCAUCAAAACUUACAUGGACAGCCAUGUACAGGAAGCAACAUAAGAAGGAUAUUGCCCAAGAGGCUGUUAGGAAGAGGAGGCGCACCACAAAGAAGCCUUACUCCAGAUCCAUCGUAGGUGCCACCUUAGAGGUUAUCCAGAAGAAGAGGAGCGAGAAACCCGAAGUUCGUGAUGCUGCUCGGGAAGCUGCACUCCGAGAAAUCAAGGAAAGGAUCAAGAAAACCAAGGAUGAAAAGAAAGCGAAGAAAGCCGAAGUAGUGGCGAAGCAACAGAAGACACAAGGCAAGGGUAAUGUUCCGAAGGGUGGUGCACCGAAAGGUCCCAAGCUUGGUGGUGGUGGUGGGAAGCGUUGAGUUAAGUUAUUAUCACUUUUCCCUACCCUGAGAAAUAUGUAGUAUUUUCAUAUUGACAUUAAUGUAUGGUAUGGAUUGCCUUGUUGUUUAUGUUUUUGCCUUUUUGCUUAUGUACCGUGUUCUCGGUGUUGAAGUCAAUUUAUCAAGUAAUUUUAUGGAUUAUUUUUUUU